AUGAAUGCUCCAAAGCUCACAGCGAUCCUUGAUCAAGGCGUCCAAGGAUUCAUCAAUAAACUUGAGCAGGUGAUCCUUCUGCGUAUGACUGUGAUAGCUGCCGAUUCGGGUGUUUCGAAUCUUGCCGAGCUGGUGGCCACUAUCCAGAACGAGAAUGAUGAAUUGAAGCAGAGUCUUGGUCAACUCAGAUCCCAAGUAGCGUCCCUCACUCGCGACGUGCCUUCUGAAUACAACUACCUUCACAAAUGCUACCCCGGAUUGUCCAUCGGGUACGCACCAUCCAAUUAUGAGGGCGCCGAACCUGCUCCUGCUACUAUAGAUGUUGCUGUUAUAAUCAAUUCCACUCUGGAACCCUUGGUAAUGGACAAAGUUCUUCGGAUUCAGCAAGCGUUCGUCACCAAUCGAGUGAAAUUCGAAUACUGGGGGGAAGCUGCUAGUCGGUUUCUUGGCGACAGUUUAUUAAACACAUAUUUGCAAAUUUCCUCGCCCACUUGGAAGGAUUUUGUUGAUACUGUCUAUUGCGAACCUUUGUUACGCCAAUAUAAUUGGCAACGACUUAUCCAAUGGGAUAGCAUGUGGCCUCGAUCUCAGCAACUGGUCAUACAAUAUUUCAAACAACUCUUCAACUUAUGUGAGCAACUUCGUGAGCCUGGGCAUCUAGAGCAUCAGAAGCUUCGAGUCGCUCUGGUUUUGCUGACAUACUUUGCUGACCGCAUUGCUGACGUCGUCUUUGAAGAUAUUACUACUUUGAGUGAGCUUCAAGCCAUGGUUCUUGGCCGAUUCAACGUUCAUGACAAGUUUCCUGGGGAAGUAUCAACGUUGAAGAAAUCCAUCCAUAAAUACGUGAAAGUUGCUGAAAAUGAAGAUGGUCUGGCAGUGUAUCGCAAAGACUCAAUGGGGCUCAGUGCUAAACCCAGCAUGGCUAGCAUUAAGCUGAUGUCGCUGCUGGGAACGCUUCACGUAGACAUUCAUGGAAGCCCAACGAGAAUACGAAAUCCAGUCAGUUUCUGA